AUUCCCGUUCUCUGGACAAAGCGGACAGCACAAAACCAACGACCUUGCAAGUUAAAGAUAAAUAGAAAAAAUGGUUUUGGGAAUAUCGCUUUUGAUUUUGAGCGCGAUCACCGCUUCGACGGAUUCCUGGGUAAUCCUGGUUAACUCGGAGGUGUUUUUUAAAGGAAACAGCGUAACUUUGACCGGUUACGAAGAUGAGUGCAUCGACUUACCCACUAAUUUCGUCGCGAAAGCAAUCAAUACGAACGAGUUUUGCGUGAAGGCGUUCGACGGGCACGGCUGCACCGGGAAUUGGUUGUCCUUCUUCCCCAACACUUUUUACCACCACAACUUGACCAAAUUUCAACUUCGCUUCGUCUCCGUCAAAUCCUGCCAAACUGCAUUCUAGCACACACAAAAAAAAAACAACUCCUUCGUCUGCGCUUCAGCCGUCGCAUCACUUGCAUAAUCUGUAUGUGUUAAAAGAAAACGAGACAGAGAUAGAUAUUAA